UAUAAAUUUGACAGAAAUGACAAAUAUGUUUUGUUUUCUGAUGAUUGUGAUGAUUGUUCGAAAAACUUCGUUAAAAUUAAACUGUGCAUACAAAACUUAUGGUUUGCGUUAUAUAUAGCUGUUUUAGCCAUUAAAAAUCAGAUGUGUCCAUAUCUUCAAAUGUCCUGGAUUGAGAAUAUUUUUACACUUGUUUGGAUGCCUUCAGUCAUUAAGCCAUUAUCCGUUUGAUGCAUUUUUAAAGAGUGUUCCAUACUGAGAGCUUGGAAGAUGCCUCUAGUAAAUAUGAAAAAGGCCAAUAAGGCUGCUAGCAAAGCCCCUGGAAAAAGUUUCUCAGUCAGAGUUCAAACAAUGGAUGCAGAGCUCGAGUUCGCCAACAUUGAGAAUAAGGCAUAUGGAAAGGAAUUAUUUGAGCUCGUCUGCAAAACCAUUGGUUUGCGUGAAACAUGGUAUUUUGGACUGCAGUUUGUAGACUCUAAAGACUACAUUGCGUGGCUAAAAUUUGACAAAAAGGUUCUGGACCAAGAUGUGUCCAAGGAGGCCCCUGUCACAUUUACAUUCCUUGCAAAGUUUUACCCAGAGGAUGUGACAGAAGAGUUGAUACAGGAGAUCACCCAGCACCUGUUCUUCCUGCAGGUGAAACAGUCCAUCCUCAACAUGGACAUAUACUGCCCACCAGAGGCGUCUGUCCUCCUCGCAUCAUAUGCUGUACAGGCAACGUAUGGAGACUAUGAUGAGAGCACAUAUAAGCCGAAUAUGCUGGCUAGCGAGGACCUGCUGCCUCAGCGGGUGAUUGACCAGUACCAAAUGACCCCCGAGAUGUGGGAGGAGAGGAUCAAGACCUGGUACGCUGAUCAGCGUGGCAUGUCCAGAAGUGAAGCAGAGAUGGAGUACCUGAAGAUUGCCCAGGACCUGGAAAUGUAUGGCAUCAACUACUUCCAGAUUAAGAACAAGAAGAACUCUGAUCUGUGGUUGGGGGUCAGUGCUACAGGCCUGAACAUAUUUGAGCGGGACAAUCGUCUAAUUCCCAAAGUCCUCUUUCCCUGGAAUGAGAUAAAAAAUAUUUCAUUUAAAGAUAAGCGUUUUGUGAUAAAACCAAUAGAGAAAAAAGCUCCAGAUUUUAUAUUCUAUGCACCAAAAUUGAGGAUAAAUAAACUGAUCUUGGAGCUUUGUGUGGGUAACCAUGAGUUGUUUAUGCGACGGCGGAAACCAGACCCCAUGGAAAUACAGCAGAUGAAAGCCCAGGCACAGGAAGAGAAAAGGAGAAAACUGGCUGAGCGUCAGCGUUAUGCAAAGGAGAAGCAACUGAAGGAGGAAGCCCUGCGUGAGAAGGAGGAAUUGAAAAGACGCCUCUGUCAGGUCCAGGACGAUGUCAGACUCGCUCAAGAAUCUCUGAUGAAGUCCGAGGAGACUGCAGAACUUCUGGCAGAGAAGGCUAGGAUAGCGGAGGAAGAGGCCGCCCUGCUCACACAGAAGGCAUCUGAGGCCGAGUCAGAGAACAGCCGUAUACGCAUGUCUAUUAUCAAGACAGAGGAACAGAAAGUGAUGAUGGAACUGCGGGCGCGGGAUGCUGAAAUGAUCGCCACCAGGCUUCUUGAUGACUCGGAACAAAGGGCUCAAGAGGCAGAAAAAUUGAAAGAGGAGUUGCGUCAGGCUCGACUGGCAGAGAGACUUGCCAAGGAGAAACUGCUCGAGGUCUCGCGUGGAUCAGUGAACAUUGACAGCCUGUAUGGUAUGGGUCGCAUGCCAUCUGACCUUGCCACCCACCUGACCUUGACAAGUGGUGACUAUGGACCCAAUGAGUCAAGCACGGAAGCCAGCUGUGACCUCCUGGCUAACACAGACAUGGUCUCACUUUCACUCGAGUUGGAGAAGGAAAAGGUAGAGUACACGGAGAAGUCACGGAGUCUCCAGGAGCACUUGCGGGAACUCAAGUCCGAGAUCGAGGUGCUCAAGAAAGAAGAUGUGGACAAUAUGUUUGACCGCCUGCACGACCUUCACAGACAAACCACCGGACAGGAUAAAUACUCAACACUGAGAGCUGCCUCAUCCAACACAACAAGAUCUCGGGUUACGUUGUUUGAGGAGUUAUGAAGACAGCUCUCAACAAAUCUGUGUUCACCUCUCAUCUCUUGGGGACACUAGGUCCUAUCUCCAUGGCUUCCAGCGCAACAGAGAUUACCUCAGCCUGAUAUUAUGGUUGUCUGUAACAGUGUAGUAUGUUAAUUAUGACAUUACCUUUUCUGCAAUGUAUUGUGAAGAGUAGUAACAGUUAACUUCGGCUAAUGGGCUUGCGUUGGAAAGACUAUCUUACUUCUUGUUGUUGAUUUGUAACUAAGUAGUAGCCCUUUUGUUAAGAUGCAUGUCUUUUAUAUGCUUCCUGUACAAUAAGUGGCAUACUGCGGUGGAAAGGCUACAUGUACAGUUAGUGGCAUACUGUGGUGUGAAGGCUUCAUGUACAGUUAGUGGCAUACUGUGGUGUGAAGGCUUCAUGUACAGUUAGUGGCAUACUGUGGUGUGAAGGCUUCAUGUACAGUUAGUGGCAUACUGCGGUGUGAAGGCUUCAUGUACAGUUAGUGGCAUACUGUGGUGUGAAGGCUACAUGUACAGUUAGUGGCAUACUGUGGUGCCUUCUUAGUGGCAUACUGUGGUGUGAAGGCUACAUGUACAGUUAGUGGCAUACUGUGGUGUGAAGGCUUCAUGUACAGUAAGUGGCAUACUGUGGUGUGAAGGCUACAUGUACAGUAAGUGGCAUACUGCGGUGUGAAGGCUUCAUGUACAGUUAGUGGCAUACUGCGGUGUAAAGGCUUCAUGUACAGUUAGUGGCAUACUGUGGUGUGAAGGCUAUUGUACAAUUAGUGGCAUACUGCGGUGGGAAGGCUAUUGUACAGUAAGUGGCAUACUGCGGUGUGAAGGCUACAUGUACAGUAAGUGGCAUACUGCGAUGUGAAGGCUACAUGUACAGUAAGUGGCAUACUGUGGUAUUAAGGCUACAUGUACAGUUAGUGGCAUACUGUGGUGUGAAGGCUUCAUGUACAGUUAGUGGCAUACUGUGGUGUGAAGGCUACAUGUACAGUUAGUGGCAUACUGCGGUGUGAAGGCUAUAUGUACAGUAAGUGGCAUACUGCGGUGGGAAGGCUACAUGUACAGUUAGUGGCAUACUGUGGUGGGAAGGCUUCAUGUACAGUUAGUGGCAUACUGCGGUGUUAAGGCUACAUGUACAGUUAGUGGCAUACAGGGUGUUAAGGCUACAUGUACAGUAAGUGGCAUACUGUGGUGUGAAGGCUUCAUGUACAGUUAGUGGCAUACUGCGGUGGGAAGGCUACAUGUACAGUUAGUGGCAUACUGUGGUGGGAAGGCUUCAUGUACAGUUAGUGGCAUACUGCGGUGGGAAGGCUACAUGUACAGUUAGUGGCAUACUGUGGUGGGAAGGCUUCAUGUAAAGUUAGUGGCAUACUGCGGUGGGAAGGCUACAUGUACAGUUAGUGGCAUACUGCGGUGGGAAGGCUACAUGUACAGUUAGUGGCAUACUGCGGUGGGAAGGCUACAUGUACAGUUAGUGGCAUACUGUGGUAUUAAGGCUACAUGUACAGUUAGUGGCAUACUGCGGUGGGAAGGCUACAUGUACAGUGAGUGGCAUACUGUGGUGGGAAGGCUACAUGUACAGUAAGUGGCAUACUGCGGUGGGAAGGCUUCAUGUACAGUUAGUGGCAUACUGCGGUGGGAAGGCUACAUGUACAGUAAGUGGCAUACUGUGGUGUGAAGGCUUCAUGUACAGUUAGUGGCAUACUGCGUUGGGAAGGCUUCAUGUACAGUUAGUGGCAUACUGCGGUGGGAAGGCUACAUGUACAGUUAGUGGCAUACUGCGGUGGGAAGGCUACAUGUACAGUAAGUGGCAUACUGCGGUGGGAAGGCUUCAUGUACAGUUAGUGGCAUACUGCGGUGGGAAGGCUACAUGUACAGUAAGUGGCAUACUGCGGUGUGAAGGCUACAUGUACAGUAAGUGGCAUACUGCGGUGUGAAGGCUACGUGUACAGUAAGUGGCAUACUGUGGUUCAUAGGCUUCAUUGUAUGGAAGUCUAUCUUGCAUUUAAGUGCUUUAUGCAAUGAUUUUAUUGUGAUUUCUUCAGUUAUAUUUCAACUAUUGAACAUUAGAAAUUAUUUUUUUUACAGAUGAUAUAAUACUGUGAUUGUUCAUUUCUUAUUGCUGUAUUUCAGCAAUUUACGUAACUUUUUUAUCUUAGUCAAAACAAAGCAUUAAUCAAAACUUUUAUAAUUAUGUUGUUGUACAAUUUUUAUAUUCGUUUUAGAUGCUCUGUACAAAUCUUGCCUUGCUGUAGAUCUACGCAACAUGGCCCAUAGAUGUUUAUUUGAUGUAAAAUGGUUAGAACCACCUGCUGACAUGCAUAUUGCUUAGAAAUAUGUUCAUAAGUGUUCUUUGCUAUCUCCAGGUUCUACUUGAUGUUCCCAUAAUGUAAUUUUUGAAAAAACUUGCAUGCUCCAUAGAAAACAUGGAACUGAAACUUACAUUGGUCAGUUCAAGAGCAACUCUUAAUUUUUAUUUUUUCUAAAACCUUUACCGGUAAAUGCUGAAUAAAGGUUUCCCUCCAUGAUGAGUAUUAAAGGGACUAGACACUAGAUGGUCAAAAAAUCAGCAAGUAUAGUAUUUCCUCAAAACAAGCUUAGAAUUAUCAAUACUAGUUUGCAUGAGGCCGAUAAUACAUCAUUUUAUAUGAUUUAAAGCAAAUUUUUUAUCAUAUUGUAUUAGCUGAGCUUAUGCGUUUGAAAGUAGGGCAUAAUGUUUUCCCAGUUUAUAGCCUGUAUGUUAAGCAAGUGAAAAUCAAGUGAUUAGUACAGAUACAUAAACUGCUUUUUUUUUAUUUACUGGGAUUUACAAGGUAGACAAACUCAGUAAACUUUUAAUUGGAAACGUACGCAAAAGCUGUGAGAGAUUCAUGUGUCGUGAGUGAUAUGAUACAUCAGUAAGUAAGAUUCAAUGUGUUGUAACCAUUGAUAUCAAUUUUAUGUAAGUUUUUGACAUUUUCUAUUUUCCUUCUGAUGGUAUCAUCUGGUGGCUUGUCCCUUUAACAUGUGUAAUAAAUCAUGUUUUCUUAUUAUAGAUGACUAAUGUAAUAACAAUUAAGAGCUUUAUGGUGAAUUUUUGUCCUACAUAUUUUCAUAAACAACAUUUUACUGUCCACUGUAAACACAACGCGCCACCUUAAAUAGUGAAAGCAUUCCAGUGAGCAAUAAACAUCUCUUUAAAUAGUUGAUCUGACUAUGGGAAUAAGAAUUCAUAAUGAUUUUACUUUUUUUGUACUCUUUGGAGAAUUUCUAUAAUCUUUGAUGCAGGCAAUCUGAGAAAUAUUUCAAAUUUCAUUGUGUUUGGUUGUAAGCAAUAUACAAUGUAUGAUGGUUAAUUUUACAUUCAGUUGUGCAUCGGUUGUAAAUUAUAUCUAGCAUUUAACCAGUGAAAAGCCUGAGUUUUGUGCAUCUCCCUGUCAAAGGCUUCAUCUCACUAGCAAAUCAUAAAGAAAGGAAUCUAGCACCAGGUAGGAAUUAUGUCAUCAAAAAAUAUUGCAAAAGGUUGUUUCAGGAUUACCUAGUAAAACACCAUAUAGAGUUCCAAUCUCUGGCGUGAGUAAGAUGGACAUCAUCAUGAUUUCAGCAUAGCACAAAAAACGUUGUUGUAAAGGGAGAAAAAACUGGCAUUUACAAUGUGAUCACAAGUUGAUAAUUUCUGACAGCAGACUUACAAAGUAAAUGAUUGACGUUAGCGGAGCAUUGAAUGAGUAUUUCCCAUGCCUUAGCUUAUGUAUGUGACUUUUUUUUUUUACUGUGUUUGAUUCUCAAGGUAUUGUUAACUUCAUUAUUGUGAUAGAAACAAUUUACUAAUUUGAUUCUUUCAAAAAAUAGUAACAGGUUAUUUAGACAAUUAAUGAACAUGAAACACAUUGCCUUGAAAAUUAUUUUUCCUAUUUUGUAUGUGGUGCGUUUUCAUUCACUGUCACUAUAUAUUACAUGUUUUUUUUUAAUUUUUCAAACCAUAGCAAAGUAUUGACUAUGUUUCUUGUGUUAUAAUUAUAUAUUUUUGUAAACAAAACAUAAAUGUGCAAUAAGUUUAUAUUAUGAGAUGACAUGUUUUACUUGUAGCUAUGCAACAUAGGGUUUUAUCGUGUAUUGUUUCAUCAUCAUCAUCGUCAUUGUCGUCAUCAUCAUUUUUAUCAUCAUCAUCAUCAUUUUCAUCAUCUCUUCUUAGACCACAUUAUGUACAUAUUUUAAAACUACAUCCUGUUGAAGGAAAUUGCAUUUAUUUUGGUAACAAUAGCAUCCUCAUAUUGAAGUAAACAAGUUCAAAGAGUAUGUAGUUAAUGCGAAUGCAAGCAUUUAUGAUUUCUACAAAUGUUUAGUUUCUUUCAUUUGAAUACAAUAUUCUAGUGUAGAAUUGAAAAUUGUUAAAAAAAUCAUGGUCAAGGUUUUUGGAACAGAUUCAGAUAUAUCUCAUUUCUCUGUCUUCUCCAUUUCUCGAGGAGAGGGGUUUGAAAUGUUAAACACCAUACAUGAAGUCAGUUGAACAAAAUGAAAAUUAUUUUUAUACAGAUUUGUUGGCCUUAGUGGUCUUAAAAUGUGUAAAAGCCAUGUAAAUAUUAUGCCUAUAUCUGUGCACAGGCAGAGUUGAGCUACACUUUGGGGAUGUAUGACAGCUCUAGUUCUUAUGAUCCUAAUGAGACAUGCGGUCUGGAGGUAAUAUCAUAUUAAUCAUACCAUAAAGGUUUAUAUUAUACAAAAUUAUGUUUGUCAUGCUAUGAGAAACCAUUACAUAAUUAUAGGGAUGCAAACGAAUAUUCGAAUAUUCGAUCAAACGUUUUGGUAUUCGAAUGUCAAACUCGGUAUUCGAAUAUUCGAUGUUUUUUUGUUGAAUGAAUAUAUCAAUAAACCUUUUGCCUGCAACCCGGAUGUUGUGUAUAAAGUUUGUUUGUCAUGAUUUACAACGAUUGGCCUGAGUUGUGAAUGUGAUGACAAUACACUAAACACGUGUCAUAUGUCAUUUAGGGACAUAUCGUCGGGUACUAUAAAAAGUCCCCGCAAUUUAACAAUAUCUGCCUAUAAGACAAGUGACACCAAAAAUCAAUUAUUUUCGGUAAAUGCCUUUUUCAAUUAAGGAAUAAACUAGUUCCUGAGUUGGUUUGUUUUUUCUAUAAGUUUAUUUAGUACAGGCCAAUCCCAGAACUAGGCUGCUCGUUCUUCGGAAAGACCCUCCAUUGGCGUAUAACGUCAUUUGACCAGAAAUCCAUCUAAGUUCACGUUGUUUACAAUUACAAGGCACAUGAAUAUAAAUGAAAAGAUUUAGUUUUUUACUUUACUUACUUUCAUAAUGUUUUACUUUUUGUCUUUCUGAAAUGAGGAAUUUCAUAGGCUCAUAUGGUGAAAUUCAGGGUCCGCCGCGGGUAUUGGUUACGACAAAGUAGGGCUUAUAUGCCACGGCUAUUACUACGAAUACUAUAAAAGUGUACUACAACUUUUAAAAGAUGUAUUUUGGUAAUCGAAUAUUCGAAUAUUCGUUCGAAAGAAUAUUCGAAUAUCAAUUUUGCCAUUCGUUUGCAUCCCUACAUAAUUAUAAUGCUUGUAUGGUAUAUCUUUCUGUUGUAAUAUUUAUUACCAGUGCCCUUACAUAUUCGUUUAUUUAUAACUCAGAAUUGGUUAAAGGGUAUGACAUAACUUUCAUAUGUAAUUGUAAUAUCUGAAAACACUCCCACCGAUGUUGAAUGUGCAGAUUGUUAAUGAAUUUAUAACAACAUUUUAUACAGGUGCUAACAAAAUAAACCUUAUAUAUUCUCA